AUGGCUGCGUACAUGAAUAAAACUGAAGAAGAGGCCCAUGCCGAAGAAUUCUCUAUCUUUGAACUUCCACGUACAUUCACUUCUGUUGAAAAAAUAUAUUACGAAGAUACGAGACCCACGUCCCAGAUCACGACGGAGAACAGUCCCGUGGAGUUUAACAUCUAUGGACAAGGCAUCGAUUACAUCGACCUGAAACGUACCAAACUACACGUGAAAGCCAAAAUCAUCAAAGCCGAUGGCAGUGCUUUGGUCAAAGAUGAAAAAGUGGGACCCGUCAAUCUGUGGCUUCAAAGUCUGUGGUCGCAAGUGGAUCUGACACUCAAUGGAAAACUCGUCACCACCUCGACCAAUCUGUAUCCAUACAAGAGCUACCUGAAAGUGUUGUUGAAUGGCACGUCCACGGCCAAAGAAUCGUCUCUUCAGUCUCAACUCUACUACAAAGAUGAUGCACAAUACAUAGACAGCACAGAUCCUAUAACAGGCAUCAAUGUAGGUCUUACUAACAGAGGUGUAUUGUGUGAAAUGAGUCACACCGUGGAUAUGGAAGGACCACUCUACGAAGACUUUUUCGACAUCAAACGUUAUCUCAUCAAUGGCGUCAAUCUACAGAUCAAACUGUUCCGGACCAGACCUUCCUUCAGUCUGAUGGUAGAAGAAGAUAGACCCGAUUACAAAGUCAAGAUCGAAGAUGUGUACCUCAGGGUCUGCAAAGUGCGACUCAACACAGCUAUCAUCACGGCCCACGCCAAGACGCUGCAGGACACAGAAGCCAAAUAUCCGUUCACAAAGAGUGACAUCAAAGUGGCCUCCAUCCCUCAAGGACAACUGAGUUUCACCUGGGAUCACCUGUUUCAAAACAAAUGUCCCAACAAAGUCGUGGUGGCACUUGUCUCUGCCGAAGCAGUGAAUGGCAGUUACACCAAGAAUCGAUUCAAUUUUCCCAUGUACGGUCUCGACACGAUUGCCUUGUACGUGAAUGGUGAAUCGUUACCGGCUCAACCGCUACACGUGGGCAAUAAUCAGUACAUCUCGGCCUAG